AUGAAAGCCACUGCUUUGUAUUUAGUUUCGGUUUUAGUGGUAGUUCGUGGAGAAGACAUUUUAAAGGUUAGCAAAAAUUGUGCCUUCAGUGAAGACCUCAAAUAUCGCGGUAUUAAAGCUGAUUGUUCUCAUGGCGGUUUUUCUACGGUUCCCUGGAAUCUACCGAUAAACACAACAUCCUUGUAUCUGAAUAACAAUAACAUCCGGCAUCUUUUAAACAAUCAGUUCUCUGAAUUACUUAAUCUAAAAUAUUUAAAUUUAAAUUUCAACCCUAUACUGGAAAUCCAAGAAGAUGCCUUCAACAAUCUCAAUCAGCUACACGAGAUACAAUUAAAUGGACAUAAUCUCAACUAUUCGGAAAGUGCACUGCCAGAUAAAUCCCUUAAACCACUGAAGUCCCUGAAACGUUUGAGUAUCCGAUCACAUUUGAAGAACUCCGCGAACAUUUCAAGCAAAGGUUUCCGCCAUUUAAGCAGUUUGGAGUCACUUGAUAUCGAUGCAAUUGAAUUUAAUGCCGGGUUUUCAGAACUAAAAAAUCUUAAACAGCUUGAUUUAUCGGAAAGAUAUAUAGAUGGUGUUACGUUUGAUUGUCAACUAGCCUACGUCACAAAUAGCACUUUCUCAGUAUUUAAGACAGUUCCAAUUUUAACCCUUAAUUUGACAAGCUGUUUAAUUUACGGUAUAGAACCGGGUACAUUAGCACCUUUUCUGAAAUUAGAAAAUAUUAUUUUAUCCUCAACCGCAUCAUCUUUACUACCGUUUCCUGAAGUGAUGAACACGUUACAAGUUUUUAAAAACAGAACACUUAAAUAUGUAAAAGUCGCCGGGUUUUCACCUAGAGUAAGGUAUAUCACAAGUGCUGGGUAUGAUUUUAACGUAGAACUAAUCUCAGAUAUUUGCAUCUGGUCUUUGGACUUACGUUUUAAUGACAUAUAUAUGUGCGAUGUUUCAAAGUUUAUAACUUUUCCCAUACCAACAUUGACCAAGUGUCUUAGGCAUCUUGACGUUUCAAACAAUAUGAUUUUGGGAAAGGUAACCAAUCUGAUAGAUUUUUACCUUUUAUUCCCCCGGUUUGAAAAUCUGGAAUAUCUUGAUCUCUCUAAACAAUUAAAAUUUAGUCUUGAUGGUAACACAGAAUUUGACAACCUCGACCCACCUUCUCGCCCCGGAUCCAUUCCGGUGUAUUUACCACCCAAACUGAAAUAUCUUUAUCUAAAUGGUUUAGCUAAACGCAUUGGUACAAUUCCAAACGUUCAAUUCAUUGGAGGAUCAAAUUUGCUUCAUCUUAAUUUUUCCUAUAGUAUGUUAACUCUCUAUAAUGAGGCCAUUAUUACAGGUUUAGAAAAUUUACAUGUACUUGAUUUAAGCCAAGAUAACUGUCGGUAUAUAAAUCAAUCCUUUUUUGAUACUUUUCCAAAUUUAACUACUUUAAGAUUAAGUCGUGUAAAUUUUGAUACAGAUCAGAUUUUUAAUAUUGGUAAAAGAUUGUUUCAACCCUUGAAAAAGUUGCAAAAUCUAGAUCUGACAAAUAAUUUAUUAACUGGCUUGCCCCACGAUAUAUUUGAUGAUUUGAUAGAGCUGCAGGUUGUAUCGCUGUCUUAUAAUAAUUUAAUUAGUGUCCCAGAUCUAAAGCAUCUUGUCAACUUGAAGUCUAUAUUCCUUAGUUUCAACGCUUUAGUAACUGUUGAUGGACAAACCCGAAACACAUUAGAUGCACUUUCUAAAGGUAAUAGGGUUCAUGUAUCUUUUUACGGAAACACCUUUGCAUGUAUUUGUGAAAAUUCUGACAUGUUAGAUUGGUUCAUUCAGACCAGAGUGGAUCUAGAUGGUAGAAAUUAUUCUUGUGUAGAUUGGAAAGGGGAGAGAAUCUACACUAACCACAUGUACAGGCACUACCGAGACUUUCAACAACAUUGUAUUUCUGGAACUUGGUUUGCUAUAUCUAUUACUGGAUCAAGUGUUAUAUUACUUGCUAUACUGACUUGUUUUAUUUUCGUUAAGAAUAAACUUAAAGUAAAAUUAUUUUUAUUAAGAAUGAUUGGACGAUAUAUUCAACCCAAGACGAGAGAAGAGUUUGCUUAUGAUGUAUGUGUUCUUUAUGCCGAUGAUGUUUACCAGUGGGUGUGUCAUAAUAUGUACGAGGAACUUGAAGUACGACGUGGAUUAAAACUAUAUCUUCGUCAUAAAGAUGAACCUAUUGGCGGAGAUAAGCCCCAGGAGCUGUACAACUCCAUGGAUUCCAGUUGGAAAGUGAUUUUAAUUUUAACUCCUGGAUUGCUUGCUGACGUUUUUUCAGCCUAUACCAUGUCUGUAUGCUUGUCGUUUAUAACUUUAACCACACCCAACAGAUUGAUGUUGAUAAUAGAUAAGGGUAUGGAUAUACCUACUAAUAUAGAUUACUUUCUUGAAGCAGUUAAUGAGGAGAAUGUUUACAGGUAUGAAAUAAACCAUCUAUAUGACGAUGACCCUCAGUUGUGGAAUAACAUUUACAAUGGUAUAACAGCAAGGAAUUUGUAGGAUAAAUGGAAGAGUGAGUAGUGGUAGAUUAGUGUUAGAUUUAUUCGUAUUAAUUCGCCAGCCUUUUCAUACAAAGGUUACUCGAUCUAUUUUUGUCGUGUAGAGUCUUUAAAGCAUAUUGGAGUUUCUGUUUUCUGUGUAUAAUGCAUUAAUAUAAGAUACUACAUUGUCUGUAUUUGAUAAAUAUAGCACUAUUUUUUAUGAUAGGGUAUUUAACAAAAAGCAACCUAUCAUGUCUUUUGUAAAUAAAGAAAUAUUUGUUAUACAAUACUACAGUUGAAUGAUAAGAAAUUUACCAUAAAAACUUACAUUUUGAGAGAUAAUGAUUUUUUUUUACUGUAAAAUGAUAUAACGUAAUACGGCUGUAUUUCUAUACCGUAAUGUAUUUUAUAAAUACAGUAGUACUUACUUUAGCAUAAUGUGUUUAAUAAAUAUUGAUGCAGUUACUAUAACGUAAUAUAUUUUAUAAAUAUAGCAGCGUUGUUUUUUUUUUUACCGUAAUGUAUUUUAUAA